AUGCCUCCUCAACGGACAAACCCCCCAACCAAGGCCGUCAAAACCGAGCGCACACAUGAAGAAAACCAAGAGAGGGCGUACAUUGCGGCUUCCCGGCGAAGUGAUCGCAGCUUAGAGGCUCGCAUUGAGUCGGCCCGUCGAGCCUCAGAGAUACACAAGAAGAGGACUGGCCGCGCGCUGCGAGUGACAGAACAAGAUGUUGUCAACGAGGAAAUGUACUCGGAGGAGGAUGACGACUAUCCAAACGUUUACAGAGGACUCACUCGGGGCCUGGCUGCAGGUAACAACGAGUGGAACCGUCGCCUCAAUGCUUAUCUUGUGAACCAAGUCGCCGUGCGGAGCGCUCUUCACUUCGAUCCAGCAUUCAUGCAAUAUAACCGUGGUGGCGGUGCUUAUCCUCCAAACACCAUGUAUCCACCUGGGUUCAUGACUCAAAAUCCCCAGAUGAUGCAGCAUCCCCAGAUGAUGUCUCAUCAGCAGCUGAUGCAGCCAACACCAUUGAUGCAUACUCCUCAAAUGAUGCAUUCUCAAGGUGUUCCCUCGCCGCAGAUUCAGACUACACACGCUUCCCUCCGCCAGCAACCGUACCCUUCUCCUAACGGUGGUCAAAGGCUCUAUGCAAGACAAAUGCAGAUGCAUGUUCCCCAGGGAAUACAAAUGCCACAGUAUCAACAGGAAGGAGCAGGUAUCCGACGCUCGUCUAUUGCGGUCCCACCCGCUGCGUCGCCGGUUUCUACAUCGUCAACCACCAGGAGAAUGAGCUCCCCCCCGACGAACUCUACAAGUCAAAUGAACUCAGCUCAAUUAGUAUCGCCACAAGCAACACCUCAGCCACCUCAGAGCCGUGUGUUGCAGCCUACAUUCGAGCAGACAGCCUCCCCUGAGAGUGUGCAUACGCCAUAUAUGCCUCACAACGACUUCUUCGGAUUCCCAUUAACCACUGAAUUGCCACCCGAGACACAGCAAUUCCUGCACAGCGCGCUUGAUCCCAGUGAUAGUUUAUACCCAUCAUUGAUGAACGGCUAUACAAACCCGACCUUUAUGUUUAAUCCCAGCGCAACAGGAUUGAAGACACUCGCUCCAGAUGCAUCCUCUAACUAUAGUACUUAUGAUUUUAAUGAUUUGUGUGGGAUCAACCAAUAUUCCCUUUGCGGAAGCUCUGAGGUGGAUGUACCGUAUUGUUCACCAGACCCCAGCGCACCACAGAUGAUGCCUUCACCUCUGAAAUCAUCGCCAGUAUCUCCUCUCGGCACUGAUGAUGGUCUAGGGUUGGCAGAUGGGCCGUGGUAUCAAUACAUCAACACAGAGGAUGUUGCCAAAUAA